GACGUUGUUAUUCAAGUCAAAUACAUCAUAAUGCAGAAUUCUUCAUCAGUACCACCAAAAGAUCAACAAGGGCAUUUUCUAGGCUCAGUCUAUGAAUUCUUUACUUCAGCCAUUAAUCACUUAUUUACCACUUACAAAUUCAGCAAAUAACUAUGACAUUUCUGCCACAUGCCCAACACUGUUCUGGACCCUGGAGACGUAGACAAACUCUCUGCCCUCAAGAAAUCCACGUCAGUGAUGAAAGGCAGUGGCCCAUGAUGUAAUCCGUACGAUGGAGGAAUGCGCUAGAGAAAAUUGUGACUGGACAGGAGGAGGGAAGUUCAGAAUGGGGUAGUUUUAAUGAAGGUAGUCAGAGAAGAGCUCCCCAGGAAGAAGCCACUUGACCAAACUGGAAGAAAACUGUGCAGCGAGUACUGGGCAUGUAUCUGGAAGGCGGAGGCACAUCGCGGCCGUGAGCACAGCAAGUACAGAGACCGAGAAGGCGGGUGUGCAGUGCGUGGAGGGAACAGCACAGAGCCCACCGUGGCUGGAGCGUAGUGAAGAAAGGAAGUCAGUCAGAGAGGUUCCCAGGGUCUGAGGGCGUGAGGCCUUUCAUUCCAAGGACUUUGGCUCCAGCGCCGAGAGGAAGAGCCAUUGGACAAUUGUGAACAAAUGCGCGAGAUGAUGGGUUCUGUGCUGUGAUGUGUUAUUGUCACCUGUCACUUCACGAGGAUUUAUGACUGAUCAAGCACAGGACCGCUUAUCUUCCAGGUCUUCUGUACUCGGUCCGUUGGGAGUGUGCAGUGAAUCAAACAUCUCUUCUGGGACGAUUCAGAGUGGGAAGGGUUUACAGAGUAAGAGUCACUUUAGGACCAUUGCACCGAAACUCGUGCCCAGAGUCGUGACGCCCAGACCGCUGUCAUGCCCUUCAGCAUCACUCUCUGACCAGGUGAAUUCUGGACCCUCCAUCAAUGCCAAGCCCCUGGGGGUGCCCACCCAAAAUUAUGCUCUGAUGCAGCUUGCUGGACAGGAGGGGACGUUUUCUCUCGUUGCUCUGCCACCUGUCCCCUCCACUCAGCCAAUCCAGAAACCCAGACUGGCGCUGCCUGAAAACCUGAAGCUGCCUAUUCCCCGAUACCAACCCCUGAGAAAUAACAAAGGAUCAAGAAGGAAACCUGCUCGGAGCUCCUCUGAGAGUGGAGGUGGCAUACCUCCUGCCCAGACCCACACGUCCCUCUCCCCACCUGACCUUCCCGAACCCCCACACAGACCCAGUCCAUCGGAGCAAGUGCCCUCACUAGACCCGAGCCCAACCAGCGUCAGCACAGCAGCACUGACCCACCGCCGUGGCCCCGGAGACUCUCCACCCCCAGGGACCAACAGCCGUGGCAAUCUGAACCCUCCUGCCACCCCGAUGGUGUCCACUCCAGAGGAGCCCUCAGCCAAGUGGGGCCUCGCAGAGACUCCAGGGAAGGCAAAUGUGGUGAGUGAGGAAACCUACCGUAAACCUUCUGCCUUUGCCAGUGGAAAAUGCAGAGAACAAGCUGAUCUUGCAAAAGCCAUGACCAUCUUGUCUCCAGCUGUGUUCAGCAGUGAGGUUCAGCUGAUCUCUCCGGUCCCCAGAGGUAAACUGCCCAUCCUGCCCUAUGCCAGCGGGAGAGCAGCAGAGGUGUGCGGGGGCCGGCCAGAAGGGAGCCUCCCGGGCGCUUCCAUGCCCGGGCUCCGGGCAGCCUGUGGUAAGGCGCCCUCCGUCCCAGAGCGCCCUACUGCAGCCUCCAACAUGCUCGGCAAGACACCUGCCCCACAGAGCCCCUGUGAAAGCACCUUUUGUGCGGCCACCAGACCGGAUCUCAGCCACAAAGCAAAACUCAGCGGCGGGGCAGCAAAGAGAAGAGUAAGACGACGAAAGGUACCAGAUGAAAUUUUGGCAUUUCAAGGAAAGAGGAGGAAAUGUGUCGUUAAUAAGUGUAAAGAUAGUAAAGAAAGAGUAAAAGCUGAUCUGCAAGAAUCCAGUGACCAAAAACCAGGGGCUCUGAAGAAAUACCGCAGCAUCAUGCCCAAGCCUGUGAUUGUUGUGUCCACUUUGGCUCCCCUGACUUCUCCUGCAGGCACACUGCAGCCGCCGAUGCCCAGCAGCCUCGGGCAGGACGUGUUGUUAAGCAGUCCCCUCGUGCCCAAGUACCCCAGCUGUAAGCAGGACAGCGGCACCUCCCCUCAGCCGGGCGCCACGCUGAGAAAUGGACUCUCGGGCAUUAAGAAACUGUGGCACAGGUGUCACAUCUGUAACCUCCACUUCCAGUUCAAACAGCACCUCCGGGACCACAUGAACAUUCACACCAACAGACGGCCUUACAUCUGCCGGCUCUGCCGCAAGGCCUACGUGCAUCCCGGCAGCCUGAGCACACACAUGAACCUCCAUCACGGGGAGAGCCGUCUGAAGAAACUCGUGUGCUGUGAGUUUUGUGCAAAAGUGUUUGGCCACGUCAGGGUCUACUUGGGCCACUUAAAAGAAGUACACCGGGUGGUCAUCAGCACGGAGCCCUCCCCCGGCGAAAGGCAGCCAGGGGACGCAUCCAAGAACAGAGGCCUGACCACGAGAGGGCCAGAGGGACCAGUGGAGAGGGAAAACAAGACAAGCCUGGAAGAAGACCUCCUCCUAACCCAGGCAGACGAAGUCAAAUUACAAAUCAAAUGUGGCCGCUGUCAGAUCACCGCUCCGUCUUUUGCUGAAAUCAAGUUUCAUUUACUUUACGUUCAUGGAGAGGAAAUUGAGGGCCGGCUGCAAGAGGAGGUCUUACCAGGAAGCACAGAAACUCAGGAAGAACUGGUGAAACACGCCACUCCUUUCUGGAAACAACAUCCUGAGAGAAGGAAGCUGGUCAAGCGCUGUCCCCCUGAUGAAGACUUACACGCAUUUCCUAAACUAAAAAGGCAGCCCUGCCUUCAUCAUCACAGUGAUGUGGAAAGACUCAGGAAAAUGGAGGGAGUCCAAGCCGGACGCAGGGAGCCGCCAGGGUCGGCUCCCCGGGGCUCUGAGGGUCCCAGCCCCCACACCCUCCUCCUGGAGGCCCAAUCAGGCUUUAACUGUGUCCUCUGUGCACAGACGCUGGCGAGGAAAGAAGAGGUCCUCCGGCACUGGGAGCAGGAGCACAACUGUGAGGACCCUCCCAAGCUGUGGACAAUUUUAAGUGCACUCUCUAGCCAGGGGGUGAGCGGACUUCCCGGGGAAACUAAGAAAUGAAACCUUGGCAGUGGGGGUAAAGAGAAUGUUGAUUGCUUGCUUUCUCUUUCUCUCAAAGCCCUGUGUUUGUAUGGUGGUGCUUAAUUAUAAAAGUCAGACAAACUAGGAUCAGCAUUAAUGAGCACAAGUGAUUUUUGUACAUAGUUUUAUUUUCCUACUAUAUCUAUAUCUAUAUAUAUAUAUGUGUGCCCUUGAUGUAUAUUUUUCUAAUCAUAUGCAGUUUUAUUUUAAAAGUCUAUGUACUAACCAUUAAUGUCUUAGACUUUAUUUGAGAAUAAAGAAGAUCAAAAUUUGGAGAAUGAAAUGUAAAAGAUUUUAUAGGCUGUUCAAAUACAGUGUUCAGCGUGGUUGAACAUGCGCGUAUAUCACUUUGUUCAGCUGUUUUCUGUUUAAGUAGACGGACCAGUGUGACAAAUCUCCAGGUGGCAGAGUCAGUCCAGUCUCAGCCACAAACAGAGUGUUGAUAUUUAUCAAAUUCUCUGCUGUAUUGAAUAAGGUUCUCAUCUACCAUAAUUUAAAAUCCAUGUUUCCAAGACUUAGAUUUUGUUUUGUUUUGCAAUUUUCUUAAAUGUACGUUGCCUGGAAGAUUAGGUGUUGAUAAGUCUGACAGCUGUAGUGUUCCAUAUCAAAGUAAUCAAGCAUUGUUUCAUACUUGAGCUAAUAAAAAAACCACUUUUUUGGUUAAAA